GAAAUCGCUGAAAUAACGCAGUAGAUCGUUAACGCAUCUUCAUUCCAGUACCUGAAAUAUAUAUCAUCAAGAAGAUGGGUCUGCUUGCCAUUUUACGGAAAUUACGAUCAAAUCCUGAUAAAGAGCUACGAUUAUUACUACUGGGUCUGGACAAUGCUGGAAAGACAACUAUUUUAAAAUCUUUGGCAAGCGAAGAUAUUACCCAAGUAACUCCAACACAAGGUUUUAAUAUAAAAAGUGUUCAGAGCGAAGGUUUUAAAUUAAAUGUUUGGGAUAUUGGUGGAGCUCGAAAAAUUCGACCGUAUUGGCGAAAUUAUUUCGAGAAUACGGAUGUACUUAUUUACGUCGUUGAUAGUGCGGAUAUCAAAAGGUUGGAGGAAACGGGACAAGAAUUAUCAGAGCUUCUAUUGGAAGAAAAAUUACGCGGAGUGCCAUUGUUAGUAUACGCGAAUAAACAAGACCUGGGACAUGCUGUAACAGCAGCUGAAAUAGCCGAGGGACUCGGUUUACACAAUAUCAAGGAUCGUGAUUGGCAAAUACAGUCAUGCAUAGCUAUUGAGGGCAAAGGCGUGAAAGAAGGUUUAGAGUGGGCAUGCAAGAACAUUAAAAGGAAGUAAUAAACACACCAUGGAAAUUGAGAGACAUAAUUGACGUUUAUGUUACAUUAGGGCGCACGAAAGGAACAAGGCUUACACCAUCUCCAUUGUAUAUUUUACACAUGAUCUUUAUUUAUCUUUUAACUACUAUUUACAAAAAAAUAUUUAGAACAUUGUUAUAUAGAUUUGGUAUGAAUGUACGUAUAUCGAACGGGUCUACAAACCCGUCGUCAUAUCGAACAUAUCCAAUUGUCAGACUUCCGUCUAUUUUGGACUCGAGAAGUUCUAUUUUUCGCAGAAAAAAGAGUAAUAGCGAGUCCAUAAAAUAUAUACGGCAAACUCUACUUAAAUGUGCCUUCUUGCUGUUUUAAAUAUAGAUUGGAAUUUUUAUAGAUUUAUCUAGUGAGAAAUAAAAAAAUAAAGAGAUGUAACAAGAGGAAAGACACACGAUAUGUAUAAUUCAUAUAGAUACAAUUAUUAAUACAAUAUUUAUACUUAUAUGUAUAUAGAGAUUUGAGCACCAUGCAUUAUUUCACUUGCGAAGAAAAGUCGCGGAGACAGCUAAAGUAUAAUUUGCAAUAUGCACAAAAUAUCCAUAGCUACACUUCCUCUCAUCUAAAUAAACGAAUAUAUACUGUAUAUAUAAGUAAUUAAAAAAAAUUGUAAUUUGAAUAAUGUUCUCGAUUCAGCAGCUCUUUGUGAGAGAUGAUGAAAAUCUGUAUCAUUCUGGUGUAUUUAUGAUACGAUAUUAUUUUUGCAAUUGAAUCCGCUUUAAAGUUUCAUACCACAAUCUGCUUUUAAUAACUUGUUUUUAUAAAAUUUUUUCUCUUAAUGACAUUUGAACAUGAAAU